AUGUCUUACAAUCCAUACGCAUACGCCGCCGAAAAUGGUGGCAAUAUGAAUUUGAACGAAAGAUCUCAACCGGCACCACAGGCGACACAUCACCAACCGUCUUUUGGUUCCCAUGUUCCUAACCAGCCUGCUCCCAACGCUCAAAGUAAUGGAUUCCCGUUUCAGGGCCCAAGUUCGUCUAUGGCAUAUCAGUUGGGACAAUCUGCAUUCUCAAACUUCAUUGGCCAAGACAACUUCAAUCAGUUUCAAGAGAACUUAACCAAGGCUACGGGGGAUUCCUCUGCUGUGUCGCACUAUUUUCAAGUCUCCAACAGCUACGUGUUCCGCAAACUAAAAAUCAUCCUACUGCCCUUUCUUCAUCGCAGCUGGCAAAGACUUCCCAACCCACAAAACGGGACAAACGGAGGACCCAGUUUUCAAGUUCCUCGUGUUGACGUCAACUCGCCUGACAUGUAUAUCCCAGUAAUGGGCCUUGUCACAUAUAUCCUAUGCUGGAACUUCCAACAAGGGCUUCGGGGGUCAUUUGACCCUGGGAACUUAUACCAGAGACUCUCUACUACCCUGGCUUCCGUUCUAAUGGAUUUAUUUAUUCUUAAGAUGGGCCUUUUCUUGCUGGUUUCAGCUAAAUCUCCUACUACAAGCAUCAUCGAGCUGGCAUGCUAUGUCGGUUACAAGUUUAUCCCUUUGACUCUGGCUUUGAUUUUGCCUUCAACUCCAUACUUUGUGUCCGUGGUAGGCAAAGUAUACCUCCUGAUAGCUUUCGGUGUAUUUUUACUAAGAUCGGUCAAGUUUAAUCUGUUUCUCGACAGCGGCAACGAUGUUCACACAGUCAAAAAAAGCGUUGUAAAAAAAUGCAAUUACUUCUUGUUCAUGUAUGGGUUCGUGUGGCAAAGUGUGUUGAUGUGGUUGAUGGGAUGA